CACACAUAUGCCCAUCCCUAAAUACAUAUCGAUAGGCUAUUCACAACAAGAAUAAGGGACAAGCAUUUCACACUGUCCACAACCAAUGGUCGCAGUCGGUGCUCGCUAUUUUUAGAAGAGGGCUUAUAGGCAAGCUGAGAUCAAUACGGAAGCACUGAACAACCCAGACCUGUGUGACAAAUCAGCAUGCUGGCAUUAAUUGAUUGGGUACGGACAUGUACCGUGGUCGGUAUAGAAAUGACCGCUGGCGACGUAUUCUGCCAAAAUCUCGAGCACAAACAAUUAGUAAGUCAGAGAGAUGAACUUCAGAACAAAGCCAACAAUGUGCAGGUGUAUGACUACGCACGGACGGCGGCAAUGGCAUUAACAGGGGCGGCAAUAACGGGACCCCUUGUCCACCUCAUGGUGGCCUCCAAUGAGCGGAUAUAUCCUGGGAAUAGCGUCCGGGCAGUGAUUGUGAAAGCGAGUAUCAAUUUGAUUUGGAGUCCGCUCCUCAUCGCUGCGACUCUGAGCGGUAGUAUGUGGCUUAGAGGGAAGUCCAACACCGAGAUAAAACAGAAAAUAGACGUCGAUUUCCUACCGACCUGUGUCACUGGUCUUGGCUUUUGGCCACCGGUUAACAUUGUGCAGUACGCAUUCGUUCCUCUGAAGUGGAGAGCGUCGGCCGGUGCGUGCGCCGGGGGUAUCUGGUCCACCUAUCUAAGUUAUCAAUCCACCAAAGCUCACGAAGACCACGCUGUCCACGCAGACUUGAACGUGCCUCUGGGGAUGGAUGUGAGUGUCCAUAACCACGACCGAGCGUACCAGAGUGGCGUUGACACGCAGAAUGCGCUGCUGAGCGUACAGAGACAGAGUUCGGCGGACAAGAUAGCGUCGGCCAUACACGCCUCACCACUGCAUAGGCGACUAACGGGCCAGAACAUCUCACAUGUGCUUAGUGGUGAUAGUGAAUACAACCCGGCGGAUGACGACAGGUAAGCGACUAUGGAUGUACGGAACUAAAGGAAACUCCUCAGCAAGAGCUUGUUUGUUUUGGCAGUAGAUAUAGCACGAGAUUCUCUGCAAAUAUCCAAGUGUAUAAUGUACCAGCGACAUACCACUUCGUGUGCAGCUAUGCACUGGUAUUCCCCGUAGUUGGUUUCCUUGAUACGGAGAUUUCCAAUAGGCAACAGGAUGGUAGUGGUGGGCCAGUCAAGUAGCUCUCUGAGGUUCAAUCCAACCUUUGUGCUGACCCAUACGUACUGCAUUGUCUGGUACUUAGUUAAGAUGAAUCUUAGUCGAACUGACGGAUGAUACUCCGGAUUGGUCUUAUAGAAGGUGUGCUUAGCAUUAAACUAUAGCGUGAUACUAGGAGAUUUCGAUGGAUGGGAUAUGCACUACACAUAUUCAACACAGACUCGAGAUAUAAUAGAUAGAAUCAUCCUUCGAUGUCGCUAUUCAAUACAAAGGCGAGUGCUUCCGAGAUGCACAUUGCCGCACAAGGAUCAUCCCUAUUGACGAGCGAGCUGACGGCAGAAAAAUAAAAGAUCAGACUUCUAAAUUUAUUUGGAAGAAACGCG